AAAAAGAGGAGGCGUGGCAAGGCCAGUGAGAUAGUGAUGUUCUCAGCAGGUGCCAACAAGUAAGCCGUAGCUCAGAGUGGAGAUGGAGAAGAGGCACUAAGCGCAGAAGACGUCCACAGGGAGAUUUCGGUGCACUACAGCCGGCUAGUCUCUUGCAGCUGCAGUGUUUUCUGUACGUGCUCAUCACCAGUGCUGCCAUGCUGCUUUGUCCUUUGCUGCUUGGGACCACUCUGCUCUUCAUGGCCCCCUUGGACACCGCAGAGGCUCGCGCUCUGCACCCUCCUCCUGAUAGUGCACAGUUAAUGGAGCAGCUGCUGGACCGCUACAACGACCUUUUGACCAUGGACGACCUGGACAACCUCUUGAACAGCCCGGCAGAGGAGCAGUCCACCUUGUCCUCUGGCGCCAAAGCCUCAGAGUUUUCGACCAAAUGGGCCGACGUCCAGGCGGAAACACCCUGGCUCCGCCUACUUAGAGAGGCCCUGGCCAAUCAAAAGCAAGCAGAACCGGAGCAGCGCUCACGAAGGGGAUGGAAUCGAGGUUGCUUUGGCCUCAAACUGGACCGGAUCGGGUCCAUGAGCGGAUUGGGCUGUUAGUUGAAAUGUGCAAAGGAACAGACUGCUAUCACCGUGUUGGAUGCUUGACGGUAAAAUAAUGUUUACAUGUUAACAUGGUGUCAUCACGCUAGAAGCUUCCAGCGCUUUAGUCGCUGUUUAAAUUAGUGCUGCUGUAGAUUCUGCCAUGUGUUGUCAGUAUUGUAAUCACUGUUACAAUAUGUCAUCAAGCAGCUUCUUCUCGUUGUACAACUUGUUUAGUUGGAAAUUGUAGCUUUAGUCUGCAAAGUAUGUCAAAGUUGUGUAGUAAAACCUACUAGAUUGGUGCCAAACAUGUACACACCUCCCACUUCCUAUUGACUUAUGAUUUGCAUGAAUAAACAGAUUGGACCUUU